GAUGAUCGGCGACGGACGACGAUGGAGAGAAACGUCGAGAAAAUGCUGAACAAAGUAUCAGUCGCGUUCUUAAGCAUCGGAACAGUGAUAAUGGUGAUGAUGAUUCUCCAGACGCCUAAAACUUGUAUUUCACCAGAAGCACCGUCGAGAUCUCAUACGCAUUUCCCGAGAUCCACCUGCGAUUCAUCGCCACGUCAGCAUCUUCCUCUCCACAAGAAGAACGAUAGAACCUGGUCAUCAAAAGCUUGGAAAUCGCGUCUCUCAUCCUUCUCCGAUUACUUCCUUCGGUUUCGCGAUCUCGGAUUUCUUCAGAAUCAAACCAAAGCUCUCUGUCUCUCCGCCGGCGCAGGACACGCUCCGAUGGCGCUUUCUCAGAUCGGAUUAGCUGAUGUGACCGCGGUUGAGUUGGUGGAUUCGGUUCCGAUUGUGAAAAGAGCUGAUCCUCAUAACCUUCCGUAUUUUGACGGUGUUUUUGAUUUUGCGUUCACGGCGCAUCUUGAAGAAGCUCUGUUCCCGUGGAGGUUUGUGGAGGAGAUGGAGAGGACUGUGAGAGGUGGUGGGUUUUGUGUGGUUGCGGUUGAUGAAUGUGGUGGAGACGAAGUUAGAGACGUUUCUAAGUUGUUUACUAAUUCGAAGGUUGUUGAUGUUGCCAAUGUAACUCUAGAAGGAUCCAAAAGGACUAGUAUACUUUUCCAAGUUCAAGACUCUCCUACAUGAUUGUAGACCAUACUUGUUUUGAAUGCUAUAGAGCAACACAGUUGAUGGAAGCUGCAAUGUUUCUUGCGAAUUCAAAGAUCAACAAAAUCUUUCGAUAUCUUCUCUUUGAAGUUAGGUUCUGAUCUAAAAAUUUCUUAGGAAUCUUGGUGCUUUGCUAACAAGUAAAGAACUUUCUACAACUUUUGAAGAGUUUAGUGGGGUUAUACAUGCAACUGUGUCGGAGGCUCAGCUCAAAUGUACUAUUGGAGCUAAGCAACAUAUCAUUGACUCAUUCUUCUGGAAAAUAGUUAAUUCUGAUCGGUUAAUAACAUGUACAAGCAGAUUUCUUUUUGUUUUAAGACUCUAAAGAUUAUGUGCACAUAUAUUUCAUUACAGUUUCAGUUGUAUGUAUUGCUUUGAAGUUGAAAAAAAGGUUGAUACAAACAGAGACUAACGCAACAAAACACACAAGCUUUUCUAUAUAAGCUGCAACGUAUACUU